AUGGAUCCGGGAAAGACCAUGACCAAGCGCGGUCGAGGCCGAAGCGUAACUGCAUGCCUCGAGUGCCGCAAGUUGAAGAAGAAAUGCGACCGUCAAUGGCCCUGUAAUCAUUGCUCCAGCAGGCAAAUACCACACAGGUGCCGGUUCACUCAAGCGACCCAAAACCAGCAGCAGAUGAGCGCUUCGACGGAUACGCCGGAAGAUAGCGAUCAGGCUAUGAGUCCGGCAUCCGCGAUGCACAUGUUAGGCUACAUGUAUGCGAAGAACGAUGCGGUGUUUGGCGGCAUCACGCCAAAGGCCCAAUACACGGAGUCCCCGAAUGCUGUCCCUGAGCCAGUAUUGAAGGCUUCUCGCAUCGUUUCGCCUAGGCCAUACACUGAUGUACUGAUCAAAAACUUUUUCGACAACGUCAACUACCACUACGGAAUCCUCCACCAGCCUUCGUUUAUGAUUGCUUAUGUCAACUGGUGGUCUCAUCGACGUAGAGCACAGAGCGAGUCAGCUAUCGGAUUAACUUGCCUCAUCCUUCGAAUUUGCGCCAACUCUUCACAGUUCCUCUCACAAGAGACUUCGCUACAGCUGGAGGUCGACUUGGGUGACUCUGUCCAGAAUCUCAGCAGGACUUACCACGAUGCUGCGCAGACCAUCAGCGCCUUUCUAUCACCGCGCUGUGGCGAUCUCGUUAAUGCGCAACAGUCCUUCUUAGCCGCUACAUGGCAUAAAGGUGAAGCUGACUUUGUCCGAUCAUGGCACGAGCUUGGUGCUACCGUGAGACUGGUUCAAGAAAUGAGUGUUCAUAUAGAUGUCCACUCCGAGGAGAUAAACGAGUUCGACUUGGAAAUGAGGCGAAGGUUAUGGUGUGCCCUGUACACAUGGGAGAGAUACAUGGCCGCAAACUUCAACCGCCCCCCCAUGAUACAAUCAGAUACUACUGUGCCGCUGCCCAAUCCAAAACUGGACCAUCAGAGGACUCUCCCCGAGGUCCCAUCUCUCAUUGUUGCUAAGUUACUUGAGAACCAGCUUGCAAGGCAGUUGGAAGAAGGCGACCGGGCGGAUGGCACACAUGGCCCGGGCAAGCUGGAAUUUGUUGAAGCCUGGAUGUCUUCCCUGCCACCGGCCUUCAGGGUUGUCGACCCAGUGAAGCGCUGGGAUGGAGAAUAUCCGUACAUACCCUUCCAACGUCUACAGCUGCACUGUGUAGGCUACAUGACCCAACUGUUGCUCCUACGGUCUACCUUAAUCACUUCUGGAGCCUUCUCAGAAAUAAGCUUUGCAGGGGCACGCAUUACACCCGAAACUAUGAUGCUCCUACACCGGAUUGUUGAUCUUAGUCUGCAGGCCAUGGCCGUGAGCAAAGACAUCUUUGAACUUUGCUUUCCGCAGCAUUCGAAAUACUUCAUGGUUGCAUUUUGUCCCUUUGACAACGCAGCACUCUUGUGUUCUUUGCUAAUGCACGAUGUCAGUCGAACAGUGAUUCCUAGACGGAUGGAAGUCGUACAUGCGGUUGGGCAAGCAUUACACAUCUCUCGCAGACUUCGUGGGUUCACCAGGAUGGGUGACGCGACAUGGAGCAUACUAUCAACUUUUCGAGAUCGCAUCAACCUGACUCUGCUGGGAAGGGAAUUGAUUGAAGAGACCGAGGUCACUGGGAAAAUCCGAAGGCGCAGCACUGGGUCGGGUGUUGGCUCUCCCCCUGAGUCGGAUGACCGUUUCGAAGCUUUCUCCAACGAGGAGCUGCGGCUGCUAGAGGAUAAUCUAGCGGCGGAUAGUGCUGGAAUCUUGGGGAUAGAUUUGGGUACGUUGGACGGAGUUUGGAACUGGGAGCGGGUGGGAUUCUAA